UACCGAUACAUUUUUGUUUCUACUACAUAUCUCGAGACGUUUUAAAAGCAGCAAGACAAUAAUCAAGUUCUUCCAGCGAGAUUGGCGACGACUUGACUACGACUCAUUCAACUGAGGCUUGCAACAAUACAUUUAUCCUCCAUCAAGAAAUCCCAUACUGAGAAUUCGACACCUAUUAAGCAUCACGAAGCAGCCGUCGGACGGCCCUAUCCGAGAAAUCAUGUGAAAACGACGUUGCCAUACCACACAAUGUCUUAAUUCGCACAAGAAAGAUCGUGUGCACCUACCCAAUCUAGAAACCACAGCAGCUAGGCAAGCUUUAGAUCUAAUCUAAGGAGACAAUCCCGACGAGGGGCUGGUACCGAGACAGCCCAUUCCUCUCGCAUAACACUAUCGUGGGAUGGCCCGUCCCGCGGGGGGCUGCUGAGCUGUCUCCCAAAGAUCUCACCAUCUCGAUAAUUUCAUCGAUUUUUUUUUUUUACCGGUCCACUAGGGAGCAAGCCUUCCUCGUAGAUCUAGCCAGGGUUGGGGGGGAGCUGGGACCAACUUUUAUCUACCUAUGUAGGUACCUACUUCGGUAUUUGCCAGGUUGCUUAUUUCUCUGACGGGACGAACCGGCUAUCGAAAGAUGUCACGGCGUCGUCGGAUCGCCGGGUUUCUGAGGCUUCUUAGGGGUCCACGUUCCCGGACCGCGACGCCACGCCGCAAUGCACGUAGGGUCCCCCUUUACGCCUAGACAUGUUUAUGCCCUCUUGCCCUUUUCGCUCUCUCGCGCGUAAUGAAGGCUGGUUACAUAUUACCUAUCUAUUUAGGUAUGCGGGUAUACAGGUUUUAUGGUUUCUUUUGGCCUGCCAAGCAAAGCCGCGCAGGUGGCUUGCGUGCGCCAGCGUUAUACGGCAUACACUAGACGCAAUAUAUAGGCCUACACAGGCAUAUACGAGGGAAGGGGGCGCGGGUAUGGGGGUGUUAGAUAAAUGGUGCGGUCCGGCCCCUCGGUGAGGCUAUAGUCGCCCUGCUUCUACGCACGCCUUGGUGUCUAUGGUAGGUAGCGCAGAAGAAGCAUCUUCGGGGGAGGGUAUGGCAAACGUGAUCGACCCGGAUAUGCGCGUCGGCGAUUAGGAGACGCGCGUGGGGGGAGCCUCACUGUGUCAGCGGCGUCGCGCUGGGUGGGCGACGCGACUGUGGGAGAGGCUGAGAGGCGACCGGUGGUGUCGGGAGCGCGGCCUUUGUAAAGGGGGGAGGAUGACGAAAGAGUUGUCGUAACACGGGUUUCGAGCGGGCGUAGAGAUGUGAGAUGUAAACACACUUGUAAGCAGCUAGCUCAUUAUUAGAGUUUUGCUUCUUUUGUCGCACGUUC